AUGUUGUUUUGCAAGCAUGCACGAGUGUUUCUGUCUGUGCUCUUCUUGGUCCUUUUUCCUGGAGAAAAGAGGAAACGGGACGAGGUGGAUGAUGAUGAUGAUGACGAGCAUUCCGAUGCGAGUGUGAGCCAGUCAGAGAGUGAGGGAUGUGACUCUUCGGAUGACUUUGAUGAUCCUGAUGACAUUGAGAGUGACGAGAAGUGGUUCUCUGGAGAGAGGAAGAGAGUUGACAGCAAGGUACUGCCUGAUAGUGACGAGGAGCCUGAAUGGAAGUCUAAGGAUAAGGCUGCGGAGAAGGCUGAGAAGUGGGCUGUUUGUCACAUGGAUAUGAACUUUAGUCGAAAGCUGAUGAUCAAGGGAUACAAAAUCAAGUUCGAUGACCAUGAUGCCUGUUAUUCAUCCGUUGAGAAGGAUUUGCGAAGUCUUGUUGCUGAUAUUCCAAAAGAGACGAAGGAGAGGAUUGAGGGUUCGAUGACUCCGAGAAUGAAAGAGACGUGGAGUUUCUUGCCUCUUGUCUGCUUGAGUUAUUUUUGGGACUGGCAAAAGGAAUCUGUGAAGAGUCAUGUACCUGUGGACAAUCUUUGUAUGAAGAGUUUGUUUCGUGCUAUCUUCUUCAAUUCUGAAUGUGGAUUCGGGAAAUUUCUGAUUCAUUUCAACUUCCUUCCGUAUCUGUUGAGUUUUCACCAGCGAUGCAUGGUCAAUUCCGGUCUUUCUGAUAGUGUCGUUUUCGAUGAUAUGGUUCGUUUUUCGUAUCGUUUGGCCGAUGACGGGUAUGAGUUUUUGCAAGGAAGCAGGUACCUGUGUUCAUUCUUGUACGUUGAAAGGUGCUUCAAUUAUAUCUUCAAUUACAAGAAGCCUUCAAUCAGCUAUGAUUCGUGUGUUAAUUCAUCGGAAGUCGAUAAAGAGGUUUCAUCAAUGUUGUAUCUUCCGACUGUAAAGGAUCUUAUGAAUCGUGUCCGGCGGUCUGUUGUUGCUGCCAGAUUUGACCAGUACUGUGGCUUGAUUCUUCUUUUGCUUUCCAUGCCUGGAAUGUUCGAAGUUUUCCGUGAGGACUCCAAUCAAUUGACUUCAUUUAAGCGAUUUCUGAAAACUUAUCUGAUUGAAGGACGAAAUGUUGGAGAGGAUGAAGCGGUGAAGAGAGUUGACGAGAUCGUUGAUGACAUUCUGAACAGGAGAUACUCUGAUCAUGACUUUAUCUCAGUUGCUCAAGGUCUUGUUGAACACUUGUUUAUCAGACCUUUCACGCGCGGAGUGCUCUUCAAGUUGUCUUCUGCUCGCCAGUCUCGUCUCGAGGGCUUCUUGAUGCAAUCUGGUCCUUAG